AUGGCGGAAGGCCUCUUCGCCUCCGCGGACAUGGCGGCCAGUGGAGCUCGAGGCGCCAUCUCCUCCUUCCUCACCUCCCUCGCCAAUUCCUACCCGUCCCCCCGCAACUUCUCCCCCUUCCCCGCCUUCCGCGCCCUCUCUGCCCUCCUCUCCCCGCUCCUCUCCCCACUCUUCUCCCUCUUCCCGUCCCUCCCGCCGUCUCUCGCGCAUCCCGUCUCCUCCCUCUCUCACGUCAUCACCACGCGCGUCCUCCCCUCGCGCCUCCUCCCAGCGGCCAACUACCUCCUCUCGCCACCCUUCCUCUACACCCUCCUCCUCACAUCCGUCUACGCGCUCCUCCUCUUCCUCCUCUUCCGCCUCAUCACCUCCCCCGCGCGCCGCCUCCGCCACAUCCCAGGCCCGCCGUCCCGCUUCCUAGUCGGCAACAUCCCAGACAUAGCCACCCGCGAGUUCCACAUAUGCCACAUGGAAUGGGCGCGGCAGUACGGCGCUCUCUACAAGUACAUGAUGGGACCGCACCCCAUGGUGAUCGUCUCAUCGCCCGAGCUCGCGCGGGAGGUGUGCGAGCGGCGCUUCGACGCGUUCCAUGAUCGGUUUGAGCUGACGCCGAAUGAGUUCACGGCUGAUAAGAUCAUCUUUGGCAAGGGCAACUACUGGCGCCGCGUGCGCGCCGCCGUGGUGCCGCUGUUCCACUCGUCGCGCCUCGCGAGCUACUCGCCGCUCAUGAACGAGUGCAUGGACGACCUGCUCCGUAAGCUCGACAGUCUCGCCCAGGGAUCACUCGCAACCUCACCAUCCCAGCAGCAGCAGCUGCAGCCGCAGGCACUGAAGCCCCAGAAGCGCGAGACAGAAGAGGGCGAAGCAUCCCCACUGGCAGAGCCACCGGCGUCCCCUCCACCGCCGUUGGAGCCCACCUCUCCUGCACUCGAACCAGCGCAUGCAGCCACUCUGGCUGAGCCUGAGAGCACACCUCAGAGCGACUUGCCAGAGACUGUGUGGGCUGGAAAGGGCAUGGCAGCAGCAGCGCAGGAUACGAGCCCUGAGAAAGAGGUCGGCCCAGCAGCAAAGCGGGCAGCAGAGGUCCCAGGGAGGAUGGAGGGAAGGAUUGGGGCGAGUGGGGAGAGUGAGGAGGGUGGUGGGUAUGUGGAUGUGUCGCCCCUGUUCCACCAUGCGUCGGUGGAUGUGGUGGGGUCUGCUGUGUUUGGUCGUCGCUUCUCCACGUACGAUGGUGGCAAGCUGGCUGACGCGCUGCAGACCAUUCUCGAGCAGUUCAACAUCUCGGGGAGCAAAGCACCGUGGUCGGCGCCAGUGCAGCUGUUCCAUCUGCCUCUGGGCAUCUUCGUGCGCCGUGUUUUUGAGUGCAUUCCCGGCACUCCCGAGCGCGCCGGCUGGCUCGCCAGGCAGUACACCGCUGCUGCAGUCCUCGCCUGCCGGGAAAGUUCACAGACAGAGGGCGCUUCUGCUGCUGCUGCUGCUGGUGCGGAAGGGGGAGAGAGCGUUGCAGGAGCGCAAGCAGCAGAGGCAGCAGCGGCAGUGGUGGGGGGAGAGGAACGGGAGAAGGAGAAGCCGGAUUUCAUAUCAUGGCUGUCGAACAAGACCCGCCUGGACGACGGGUCGAAGCUGUCACUGAAGCAGGUGCAGGCUGUGGCCAUGGAGAUGGUUCUAGCUGGCUCUGAGACUGCUGCUACGACUCUUGGCUUCAUUGUUUACUACGUUGCCAAGAACCCCCAGGUGGAAGCACUGCUACUGAAGGAGGUGGACACGACCAUCCCAGACAAGCUUCCAAGCUACGAGGAUCUACAUCUCUUCACCUACACCGAUGCCGUGGUCAAGGAGACUCUCCGCAUUGUGCCACCCGCGCCCAACAUCGCGCGCCAGGCAACCUUUGACACAACCCUCGACGGCCGGGCCAUUCCCAAGGGCACGCGCUUCUUUGUCGAUGCGUACAGCAUUCACCACGACCCGAACCUCUUUGCCGAGCCUGACGCGUUCAAGCCGGAGCGGUUUCUUCCCGGGGGGGAGGCUCUUGGGGAGAAUCGGCCGCCGUGUGCGUAUAUUCCGUUUGGUGCGGGGCCGAGGAAGUGCCUGGGGUAUAAGCUGGCGAUUCAGCAGCUUAUGAUUGGUGUGGUGCGGAUUUACCGGCGCUUUUUGUUUCGCCUUUCCGAGAAGCAGAUGCAGGAGGAGGUUCCGAACCUGAGGCUCGGCGUUUCUAUGGCUGCUGUGGACGGGAUUCAAGUGAAGGUUUUGUUUCUGGCUGCCCCUUCCUCCUCCGCCUCCUCUCCUGCAGCAUCUGAUUUUCUUUCCGGCGCCAACGCACGGACACCUGGCUUGGUAGUAAGAGGGAUGGCAGCAGCAUCAGCAGCAGCAGCAGCAGCAGCAGCGGGAGGGGCGGGGGCAGUGAUGGCGGAUGAGCGAGCGGGUGAUGCAGUGGUGGUGUAUAUCACAGUACCCAACAAGGAAACAGGGCAGAAGCUUGCAGCAUCGCUGGUGGGAGCAAAGCUAGCCGCGUGUGUGAACCGAGUCCCUGGAGUCGAGUCAACCUACUGGUGGGAGGGAAAGAUUGAGACUGAUAACGAAGAGCUGCUUAUAGUGAAGACACGGCGUGCCUUGCUGCCUUCUAUUCAAGAGCACCUCAAGGGGAACCAUCCUUACGAUGUGCCUGAGCUCAUAGCGCUCCCGAUUGUGGGCGGCAGUGAAGCGUACCUCAAGUGGUUGCAUGACAACGCACCUGUGCCGCCAACGCAGCCGCAUGCUUAG